UAUUUUAAAUGGGGACAGGGCAGUUUUUGAGAAGGUAUGGUACACUGUUCUAUCAAACAUGUAUACCAUUACGAUCAAUAGGCAUAUUUAUGGUCCCCGAACAGUUUUCCCCUUUUCGGAAAUACACUGAGCUCGGGUUGCGCGCGCAAGUAAGUGUUCACGACGGAAAUGCUUGCGCGAGACAUAGGAGAGCGAAACGAGGGAGCGAAAACGGAGCGGAAUUAGUCAAGAGGAGAGAGGGUGGAGAACAGAGGAGAGGGGAAAGAAAGAGUUUGUGGUACGACGGCUGUCGGAGUCUUGGGCCUCGGUGGACGUGGCUUGGCUGAUUGAGUCGAAAGCGGCGAAAAACCCCAGACGAAAGGUUACCAAUAACAGGCAGGAAGAGAAAUGAAUCGGGACGCCAGCAGGAAUUGCACAGCUCAAUAUUUUCCUUGAUGAAAGGAUAGAGCCUCACCUCAACUGAACAGCAGUGUUGAAAUUUUGGGACUUUUAUUCAAGACUGGAUUAAGCACCAACCUAAGGCAAGCCAGAUUCAUUAUAUGGAACUUGAACAAUUUGACGGGACUGUGCAGCAGUCUGUCCACAUGGCAGAGUUGGAAGCUGAAAGUAUUACACUUGGACUGAACACACUAGCAUCAGAGUGUGUUACAGCAAGCCUUAACACUCUAGUUUCUGAUUGUGUCAUGCCAAGUCUCAAUACACUGGCUUCUGAAUCUCUCAUGCCCAGCCUUAACUCACUCACACCAGAUUGUGUGACAUCAACUCUUAAUACAUUGACGUCUGAGAUCGUUGAGCCAAUGGUCAUGCUGCCAUGUGUGAAAAGUGAACCUAACCUAGACACGAUUCGUACUGUGGACCUUUCUGAAAUACAGCCUCUGAGCACUGCUGAGCUGGGUUCGGAGCAAAUAAAGAUGGAGAUCAGUGGCCUUGAUUACAUCAAAUCUGAGCACCACAGUGAACUCCAUUUCCUUCACGGUACAGAGUUGGAGACCUACAAGGGGCAAUAUGAAUCGAGUUUGGUGUUUGAUUACAUUACUCAUGUCUCUGACAGUCUGGAAUACAUCAAGUCAGAGCAUCAUACUGAUCUUCAGUGUUACUAUGCUGCUGACCUGGGCACAAUUAAAGGUGAAUAUGAAUCUAACUUGAUAUCUAGUCACAAAAUGGAGAUGAAUGGCUUAGAGUCUAUUCAUAUGGCUGAGCUUAGGACAGAGUUAAACAAGCUCAGACCUGAUAGUGUUAUAGAUUGCGUAGGGAAAGCAGAUCCUGAGUUUGGUGCUGGAAGCCUCUAUGAUUUGCCAUCUGCCCAGGAUGGUAAAGGGAAUGUUGGCCAGGGUAAAACUGGGGGAAAGGGGCAGAGUACAUCGCAGCGCAAACCACGCAACCUUACUGGUGAAAAGCCGUUUUCGUGCACUCAGUGUGGGAAAAACUUCAGCACUUUAGGAAACCUGAAGACACACCAGCGCAUUCACACAGGAGAGCGACCCUACAGCUGCUCCCAGUGUGGAAAGAGCUUUGGUCAGGCAGGAAAUCUAAAGAGGCACCAACUUAUUCACACAGGACAGCGACCAUACAGCUGCACGCACUGUACAAAGGGCUUUACCAAAGCAGAUGACCUAAGGGCUCAUCAGAGGAUCCACACGGGUGAAAAGCCCUACAAUUGUACUCAGUGUGGCAAGACCUUCAGUCAACAGAAAGAGCUGAAAGUCCACCAGAUGGGUCAUACUGGAGAACGCCCCUUUUACUGCAGUCACUGUGGAAAAAGCUUCAGUAAGGAGAAUAGUUUUAGGACCCACCAGCAAAUUCACACUGGAGAAAAACAGUACAGCUGUUCCCAGUGUGGGAAGACUUUCAGCAACUCUGGAGUUCUAAAAACACAUGAGAAGAUUCAUUCCGGAGAGAGACCUUUUUGCUGCAGCCAAUGUGGUGGGAUAAGAGAGCCAGGUUUGCUUCUGCCAUUUGGAGUCUGUAUUUGCCAUUGUUAAGCAUGAGGAGAAAAGCUGUGCCAAUGAAAGUCAAAGAAGCUGUUAUGAGGCUGAAAAACAAUGACCAUUACAGACAUCAGUGAAACCUUAGCAUUACCAAAAGCAACAGUCUGGAAUAUCAUUAAGAAGAAGGAAUACACUGGUGAUCUCAAUACUCGCAAAGAGACUGGUAGACCAAGGAAUACCUCUACUGCUGACGACAGAAGAAUCCUCACUAUGGUACAGAAAAUUUUCCAAAUGCCUGUCCAGCAGAUCAGAAAUGGUAUUCGGGAGGCAGAUGGGUCUUUGUCAGGGACUCAUAUCUGCAGAAGACUUCAUGAACAGAAAUACAGAGGCUACAAGAUGCAAUCUACUAGUUUGGGGAAAAGUGCUUAAAAGAGCCUGCAGAAUUCCACAGAACUUUAAUUCUGGAAUGUGCGCUUUAAUCAUGCGUGAAUUGUUUGAUUAAAAAUUUUAAACUGGAGCAGAGGGGUAAAUCAAGGAAAAAUGUGGCUUUGUCUCAAAUAUCAUGGACAUUACAGUUACAAAACAUGUUCAUAGUUUUACCCAACGUGCCGACACUAAAGUUCCACGUCGACGCAUUUUUAUAAUCGACAUUGUCGAUUACGUCGAAUAAUCGUCCCAGCCCUAAGGAGGAUACAGUGCAAACAAGAGGUAAGGUGCCCUUUGCUUGAAACAAUAUAAGCUAAAAAAAAAUAGUUGCAGGACAUGGUUUGAAUUAUGCAGCUUCCCAGAAGUGGUAGACAAAUCAGAUUGAUAUCAAUCUAAUAUCAGACAUGUAUGUGAAAUGCAUGUAGAAAAACAAAAUUUCAGUAGUUUUUCCUCAUAUAUUAGCACUUACAUGUCCAUCAGAUGAGCAGGAAUGAAUGACAGAACAUGGUUUAAGCAAGUUGGGAUUGUGUUCUGUUAUGUUGUAUUGAAAAAGUUUUUGGAUAAAAUGGUACUUGUACUGCUUUCAUAAACAAGAUCAAAGAUAUACCAGAUUGGAUUUUUUUUCCGUUGCAAUCAGUCUAUUUAAGAUCAGCACUAGAUUUAGUUGCACCAGAGACACUGAAGAUAUAGCCUUUGACUAUGGCUAUUCCUUGGAAAAACAAGCAGUUUAACUCAUAAAAGGAACUUCUAUUUAUUUUAUAAAGCUAAACAGGCAUGGAGAAAAACUCGAAUAAUUGUACAGCAUGGAAUUCUUGAGGUUAGGCAUGUAUAAUAUGUGUUGAAAGGCAGUGCAGUCAAAUCCUGGAUUGUGAGUAACCUGGUUUGUGAGUGUUUUGCAAGACAAGCAAAAAAUUUGUAAUAAAUUUUUACUUUAAAUGAGCGAUAUCUUGCAAUACAAGUAUUACGUAUUCGCUUUGUCUGCCGAGCAUCACAUGAUAACAAUUGAGCCGAUGGUUCUUCUUUCUCUCUUGCUGCGGGAUUGUGGGUAAUCGUUUCCCAUGCUCGGUCUCAGUCAGCGUCCCUCACUUGUAUAGUCAAAAUUUUGUAGCCCCACGCUGGGUUUUGGAACUCAUUGUCUGUGUGAAAGGCAGAAGCGCUGUAAAUGUAAACGACUCAUCCUAUCACAAAUGGUAACUGUAAAGCUUAAUUUUUUAUUACCCCUAAAUAUGAUACAUAGGGUGGAGCUUGUUCAAAACACUACACAAACCAUGCCGAUACACAGCAAAGGCCUUUAAGUUCCCACAUUGCAUGUAAGUUUCCACAUUGUUCCAGUGACAUAGCGCCAGACCUAUUGUUAUAUGCUAGCCUCAGGGGGCCAGGCUCCCCCAAUCAAAUUGCUUGGCCUCUCCAAAAUUAGUUUGGGCAUUUGCAUUUUUGUGUAUUUUAAUAGAACUUGUUUUUUAACAGAAAAUGUUCUUCUUAGAAGACAACAAAUUUAUGAAUACAUUAUAGAAAAUCAUGAUAUUUAACGUUGCACCAAGAAUUGGUUAGUCCAGUAUUAAGCAUUGUGAUGACAGUAGCUACAGGGGGUUGUCAGGAGAUUUAUGGCAUCCAGGGUGCCCUGCGAGAUGAAACACUUCCUGGGAGGUGCUAGUACCCAGGGUAGAAAGAGCUACGGCAGGCUGCAGAGCUUUCUCCUAUAGAGCUCCUCAGCUGUGGAAUGGUCUUCCACCGGAUGUGUGGGUUUCAGGCUCACUCUCAAUAUUCAAGUCUAGACUAGAAACGCACCUGUUUAGUUUAGCUUAUAGGGACACUAGUUCUAGCUCUAGCUAACUCCUCACUCCCAGGUAGAUCUAUAGUGUAAGGUGUAGAGCUGGGUGGGGAUCGGUGCCAUUGGCUUUGGAUAAACUGAACUGUCAGCGCUGUCACUCUGGCUGCACGAUCCCAUGUGGAAUUGGAGUGCUGACAUUUCAGGGACUCCCCAUGCCUGCAUUCCCGCUUACCUCUCCCUCCUACUGAUGCUGCCAUAGCCAUAUCUGCCGGAGCUUGCACGUUACAAUUCAUAUUGCUCUCACCUAGCUGUUAGCACUGGCUACAGUCUCCCCUGCUUUGACUAAUUGCACAUUUUAUUUCCCCCAAUGCUCCUGGGCUGUGCUGCCUGGAGGCCUCAAUCUAUCAAGAUGUUCAGCACACCCUGCUACAUCUGACGUUGCCAUUAUCCAUGAUGUCUUUGCAUCCAGCUCACCGUUCUGCCUGUGUCAUCUUCCAUGUAUGACCUGCUGCCUUACUUCUGCUUGCAAUUGGAGGGAGUGUCGGCACCGGCUUGUCAUCUCCCCCCUGCUCCCCGGUUGUGUCUCAAAUCUUAUGAUUUGGAUAGUGUGACUUGCCACUUAGCCAUCUCUCCUGUUUGACUCUCCCUGCCGGCCCCUGGAGGAUGGGCUCCCCCUUUGAGUCUGGUCCCUUCCAAGGUUUCUUCCUUCUUGGGAGUUUUUCCUUGCUACUGUCGCCUAUGACUUACUCACUGGGGACUUUGGGUGAGGAUGCUGUAAAGCGCUUUGAGACGAUGUAAUGUUGUGAUAAUGCGCUAUACAAAACUAAAUUUGUUGCUGUUGUUUUAUUGCACAUAGGAUUAGAUUAGCUUUGGGAACGCUUUUGGUAAGUGGUUUGUUUGUUGUUUUGGCCGAGGUCACUCCUUGGUAAGACCCCACCUAGAAUAUUGUGUGCAGGUUUGGUCACCAUACCUUAAGAAGGACAUUGCUGCCUUGGAAAGGGUGCAACAUAGGGCUACAAGAAUGAUUCCUGGUCUUAGAGGAAUGUCUUAUGAGGAGAGGUUAGCUGAGCUGAAUCUAAUCAGCCUCAAGCAAAGGAGACUAAGGGGGGACAUGAUCCAGGUAUAUAAGAUUCUAACAGGUCUGGAUGCUGUUCAGCCAAAUGGCUACUUCUAUAUUAGUUUAAAUACUAGAACUCGUGGCCAUAGGUGGGUAUUAGCGGGAGAACAUUUUACAUUGGAUUUGAGAAAACAGUUUUUCACACAGUAUGUAUUUAGAGUAUGGAAUAGUUUUCCUGUUAGUGUAGCGCAAACUAAAACCCUGGGUUCCAUUAAAUCAGAGCUAGAUAAGAUUUUAACAACUCUGAGCUAUUAGUUAAAUUCUCCCCCAACAAACUUGAUGGGCGAAUGACCUUCUCUCAUUUGUAAAUUUCUUAUGUUCUUAUGAAAUCAUGGUUACUGAAACUGCAGAUACAGGGGACCCACAGUUUUCUUUUUUCCAGCCACAUAAUACACGAGUAUAAUUUGUGGCCUUAUUUGUAAUAUGUUGUCUUAAUGAAAUGUCUGUCAUAACCAUGUAUUUUCAUUGUAAAUGGAUUAUUAAAUCAUGUCACAACAAUAAAAAAUGUUAAAUAUUAAGAAGAA